UAAUAUAAACGUUAGACAUUACAAAUAGAAACCAUUAAAUUUAUUUUAAUAUAUAUCAAGUAUUAUAUUAAUUAAAAUUUAUAACAGUAACAAUAAUAUACAAUAAUAUAUUUAAGUAAAAUAAUAUCAAGCUUGUUUAAUGUAGUCGUAUGUUUGCGGGAAAAGUGACAGAUUCCCGCGUAACACGCGACUUAAUUGUUAUUGAAAGAUUAUAAAUAAAGUCUAUAUUAAAUAUACAUUAUUAAGAUUGUUAAUUAAAGUUGUUAUAUAAAUAAUAAUAAUGAGCAAUAUUGUUAAUUCAUUGGAACGUCGAUUUACUGGGUUUGCAACACAAUUAGACUAUGACAUUGCGAUAAGACGUUUGAAAUGUUAUUAUUGUGAUGUUUAUCGUGGCGUAUCUGUAAAUCCAGAUAAUCAUCAUGAUUUUACACGAGAUCCAUUGAUAUUUGCGUGUAAAUUUUCUACAAGUGCUGGGUGGGAAGACACACUGGCUCUAGCAUCUGAAGAUGGUAGAAUUGCAUUGCAAGAUACUACUGUUAAAUCAGAAGAACCUCAUUUAUCAAUGGAAGGAACUACUGCACAUUACAAUGCAAUAUUUGACAUAAACUGGAUGCCCGGUGAAAUGAAACUGAUAACAGCAUCCGGUGAUCAUUCAAUAAAAUUAUGGGACGUAGAUGAAGAAAAAAUAACAUUAUUAAAUACAUUUAAUUGUCAUGACCGUUGUGUUAAAACAGCGAUAUUUCGUCCAGAAGAUAAAUCAGUAUUUGUAUCUGGUGCUCGCGAUGGUAACAUAUUUUUUUGGGACAUACGCGCUAAGCAUCCGCAUGAUAACCCAAAGCCAGACAGCGGUAUUUAUAAUGCCCACGGUAUCACUAAAGUAGCAACAACAAAUAAUAAUAAUAGUAGAUCUCGACAUCGCAGACGUUCACUUGUAAGCGGGGAUCGUGCUCAGAGUAUUACAGGACUUGCGUUUCAAGAUAACAAUACUUUGAUAUCAUGCGGUGCCGGUGAUGGUAUUAUAAAGAUAUGGGACAUGAGAAAACAUUACACGAUACACAAAAAAGAACCAAUACCUAAACAUACAUUUAAAUAUAAAGGCGGUAGUACAAGAAAUGGCUUUACAUCAUUAGCAGUAUGUCCAUCAAGUCUAAUACUCUACGUAAAUUGUAUGGAUAAUAUUAUUUACUCAUAUAACUUAUCAUCUUAUAAUCAAAACCCCAUGGCCGAGUACUAUGGACAUCAAAAUUGUACAUAUUUUGUUAAAAGUUGUUUAAGUCCGGAUGGUAAAUAUUUAUUAAGUGGUUCGACUAAUGAACACGCAUAUAUAUGGAAAACAAGUAAACCUGGUGGUCCUAUUUUCAAAUUAUGUGGGCAUACUGAUGAAGUUACGUCUGUUGCUUGGAAACCUUAUGGUGAACCUGUUAUUGCAACCGCUUGUGAUGAUGGAUUUCAUAGGAUUUGGAGAGUUGGCUUGGAAGAAAAAGGUGACAAUGAUGAAAUUGAAAUACAGGGACGUGCAUCACCCAUUCCUAUAACUAUGCAUCCGCAACAAUCGAAACUGGAAUCAACACCAACAUUUUCAGGACUCAGAAAAUCACGGUUCAUUUGUUCACCUGAUUCAGAUAUUGCUUACACAUCCAAUGGCAGUGACGCUGAUCAUAGUAAUAUAGAAUCACCAGAUAUUAUGACACCAGGUAGUUCUGCUAAGAGAAAAUAUUCUCAAAUGUCAAUGUCAAAUUAUUAUACAGAAAAUAAUAAAUUCAAAACAAUAUUAUCGCCGAUACGUGAGAAUGAACAGCCAUGUAAGCGUGCUAACAUGGAAAUGAGAGGUGCCAGAAGAUUAUUCAGUCCCACGAGUACGAGAGACGCCGUGAGUAUUAGUACAAAUAAAUGCCUAGAACCACAACCGGGGCCGUCUACUUCACUCGAUCAAAGGCAAAUAUUGUUUUCACCUACGAUGAAUUUACCGAACUUUGUUAUUGACGGCACGGCCCCACAUCUUAUUCACAGAUCGCCGAUCAAAAGCAAAGAGAACGUUGAUUGGCUGACAAAAAUACGUCAGACGAGAUACGAAAGAUUCUUAUCGCAGAUAGAAAAUAAUUCCAUUAAUAUUAAUUCCUCAAAUGUAAAUACUAGUAAUAGUCAUAGUAAUAAUAACAAUAAUAAUAGUAGUGGUCAAGAAACGACACCGGGGAGAAAAAAAACUAGGUCGAGAUCGAGGUCUACGGAAAAUCGAAUCAAAAGUCCCGCGGUUUCUUUACUUAAGUUUUUUAAACGCGACUCUUCCACUGAAAAAGAUACUGAUCGAUAAUCAAAAGUAAUUACUUAAAUUUAUUAUUAAUGAAUUAAAUUUAUUAAUAUUGUUAAUUAUUGACUUUAAAUAAUAAUUGUGACAUUUUUGUUUUUGUUUAAAUGUUGAUGCUAAGUCUUGUAAGUUUUUUAUGUUUAAUUAUUUUUUAAAUUAAUAUGUAUAACUAUAUUUCUAAAUUAUCAUAAAAUGAGGUGAUUUUAAUUAAAUAUAAUUAUCAUAAUUAAAUAAUUAAAUCGUAAAAAAAUAUCAACUUUUUUUCCGUGGAAAUUUAAUUAUUAAUUAUCAUUACUUUACAAAAGAAAAAAAUGAUUGUUUGAAAAACUAUAAGUAUUAAUUUAUGAAUCUGUAUUAAAGACUUGAUCACCUCAUUUUCAAAUUUACAAAAAAUUCAUACGUUGCCAUUUGUAAUCAGAGUUAAAUAGCUUAGUUGAUAAAUAAUGAACAUAAGACCUUUUAUUAUUGAGUUUUUCAUACGGGGAAAAUUUAUUGAAACUAAUUAACGGUUCGAAUAAAAAAGGCAUUAGAUUAGAUAAUUAUUUUAAGUCGAUUUAAUUUAAAAUCAGUUAAAAUUUAAAGGUCAAUUUUAAGAAUGUAUUUACUCAUAGCAGACCUAGUUAUUGGCUCUUAUUUCGUUGUUUUAAUUAUUUAUUGUAUGCUCAACUAUUAAUUAGUAAUUAUUAUAAUUUAUUUGUUACUUGUAUUUGGGCAUUUUUUUCAAGUUUAUCGUUCGGAAUAUUGUAGUACAGACUUGAUGGUUUAAUUAUUAUUAAUAAACAUCACGAGAUAUUUUUAAAAUAGUCAACUUACUAAGGACAUUCUCAGAGAGUGCCUCUAAUUUUAAAAAAAUUUUUAACCUGCCAUAAGCAUAUCAAAAUUUUUAUCAAUUAAUUAAAAAAAAAAUAAAGUAUCAAUAGAAAAAAAGGACAAAGUACACUGUAAAUAAUCGGGAGCAAAUUCGGAGUGAAUACAGAUAUUAUUUCAAUCCGCAUCCACUCCGAUUCGGAGUUUUAAUAUUUAAAUAAAUUUCCCAUCGGGGUAAAUUUAACUCCGGAUUUAAUUCACGUUCACUUCGAAAAUUUUUUACGGUAUAGUAACGAUUUCAUUGAUAUAGAAUUUUAAAAAAUUACUUACAGUUGAUAUCAGUUGGAAGUUAAACAAAAUUUGUUGAAUAAAUUUCGGUAAAAUCUUCAUGUUAAUUUUGGAAUUUGAAUUUGCAAAUUUUAUAGGCUAAAAUUUAUCUAAAAAAUUUUGUUCAAUUCCUAAUUGAUAACAACUGUAAUUAUUUAUGAAUUCUAUAACUCGGUGAAAGUGUCCUCUUUCAGUUAAGGUUUAAUUUUUUUUUUAAUAAUUAAUUAAUAAAAUUUUAAUACGGUUAUGACAGUUGAGUAAUUACAUAUUUUUAAAAAGUGGGGAGAUACUGUCUGAGACUGCCCUGAAAAGGAAUCUUAUUUUCAAAAUUCAAAAGUCAAAAACUACAACAAAGUCAAUAACUAGAUUGUUUACUCAAAAUAUUAUUAUUAAGAUAUCUGACAGUACAAUUUAUUCUACAUGAUAUUUAAAGUACCUUUUAACUAUGAACAAAACCUUUUAACUAUGAUCCACCGUUUUUACAAUAAUUUAAAAAUCAUAGCGACUCUUAUUAAAUUAUCAUAAUAUAUGAUAAUACACUUACUAUCAUAUCUAUUAACAAUACACAAAGUAUUAAAUUGAAAAUCUAAUCAUUUAAU